CAUCCCCCGUCGUCCACGUGCGGGGCCUCUGCGACGCCGUGGUGGAGGCCGAUCUGGUGGAGGCGCUCGACAAGUUCGGCAACAUCUGCUACGUGAUGAUGAUGCCCUUUAAGCGCCAGGCUCUGGUGGAGUUCGACAGCGUGGAGAGCGCUGAGCGCUGCGUGUCGUGUGGAGCCCGCGAGGCCGUCCACAUCGCCGAGCAGCAGGCCUUCUUCAACUUCUCCACCAGCCAGAGAAUCACCAGACCCACCAACGCGGACGACCCCACCAGCGGGAACAAGGUCCUGCUGCUGUCCAUCCAGAACCCGCUGUACCCCAUCACCACCGAUGUGCUCUACACCGUCUGUAACCCCGUCGGUAACGUCCUGCGCAUCGUCAUCUUCAAACGCAACGGCAUCCAGGCCAUGGUGGAAUUUGAGUCCGUGGAGGAUGCUCAGAAGGCCAAACUGGCUCUGAACGGAGCCGACAUCUACGCCGGCUGCUGCACACUCAAGAUCGAAUACGCCCGGCCCAACAGACUGAACGUCGUCCGCAAUGACAACAGCAGCUGGGAUUACACCAAACCCUUCCUCCUGCACCGAGGCCCACACUGCCCCCUGCUGCCUCUGCCUGCUAACAGCAGGUACAGGAGGAGCAGUGAGGAGGUGCAGGACAUGAUCUCCUACCCGCUGCUCCUCCCUAAGGCCGCCUCUUCCUCCUCCUGCUCUCCCUUCCUGGGCCACACCGCCUCCAGCUCCGUCGCCAUGGUGAGCGGUCUCCACCCUGCCAAGAUGAACUGUUGCCGCAUCUUCAACCUCUUCUGUCUCUAUGGCAACGUGGAGAAGGUGAAGUUCAUGAAGAGCGUUCCCGGCACGGCGCUGGUGGAGAUGGGCGAUGAGUACGCUGUGGACCGAGCCGUGACUCACCUCAACGGCAUCAAGGUGUUCGGCAAAAAACUCAACGUCUGCGUCUCCAAGCAGCAGGUGGUGAUUCCCAGUCAGGUGUUUGAGCUGGCCGACGGCAGCAGCAGCUACCAAGACUUCAGCCUGACCAGAAACAACCGCUUCAGCAGCGCACACAGCGGCAGGAACAUCAUUCAGCCGCCCGCAGCCGUCCUGCACUUCUACAAUGCUCCGCCCACCCUCAGUCAACACCAGCUGCACAGGCUCUGUACUGAACACAACGUUCCCGCCUUCACUAAGUUCAAAGUCUUUGAUGCCAAACCCAGCUCAAAGACUCUGUCAGGUCUGUUGGAGUUUGACAGUAAAACUGAAGCUGUGGAGACUCUGACCGUCCUCAACCACCAUCAGAUCCGAAUACCCAACAGCUCCAACCCCUUCACCCUGAAACUCUGUUUCUCCACCUCCUCCCACCUGUGACCCCCGACCCAGAUGGCUGCCACCGUCGCCUGCUCCUCCAGGGGGAACCGGAGAAAAAGAUGAACAGACGCUUUAAGUUUUUCUGUGAGGUGUCUGAAUGGAUGCCGUUUGUGAGCGUCAGCUUAGUUACUGUGUAGUUAACUUCACUGAUGAGCAUUGGGCCAGAUUUUUUCUUUUUCCUGAGUCAUGUCAGGGACCUGAGAGGAAAUCCUCUGUUCCCACUGAAGAGUUUAAUUAGAUCCAACAUGACGAAUCAAAUCAAUAAACGACAAAAGGCCCAUUUCAUACCCUGAAGAUAAAUACAAAGAUAGUCGCCAUGAAACUGAAUUUUAGAGGGUGAAAUAUUUGUUGUUGUAACAAAACUCAGGGAGGAAUCAUGAAAAACUGUAAACCAAUCAGAUAUCAGCCAGGAAACGAGAGACGUGCUGUCAAGUGAUUUCUUUUAAAUCCUUAAAUAUCUUUAUUGUUUUAAUAUGUCAUUUUAUUUUAUUUGUUUGGUUUUAUUUAUUCAUUUUAUUUUUCAAUGAGUAAAGCUUUGGAUCACCCCCUGCAAAGCAGAGUACAGUUUAAUUCUUCCCAGUUUACAGUGGAAAGUGCACCAGUACAGACAUGUGGGUGCGAGGGAAGAAGAGGGUAACAAUGUGGUAAAUUAAGACAUUUUUAUACUGUGUAACUAACAACUACCUAUUCUGUUAAUACAGGGCACAGUGUGACCAUUGCAUAAUAUAAAUCUGCUGUGAUUUCUUUCAGAAUUUCCAUAUACUACUUACCAACACUGGAGGGCAAAGUCAGGAUAGUUCCAAUACAUAGUUCUUCAGUAACUCUGGGGUACGUUGGUGUUUUUACCUCGGAACAAACACAGGUCCAGGGAACAUACUGCGAUGCCUAUAGGCUAUAUGUCGGUGUCUGUGUUGUACGCUGGCCUACUCAACGUGUACUCACGGGAAACUUGAGAAGCCUGAAGUGGAACGGAUUUAUGCGGAUGGACUCCGUUGUUACGUGUUGUUGUUACGAGGUAGAGGAAGCAGAAGAAGACUGUGCCAGAGUGUCCUGAACAGUAAAGGACACAAACAAUACCGCCGCUGAAAAACUACCGACAGUCACAAUAUCAAAAUAUGAUCCAAUGAGCUUUAUGGGUCGUUUCAUUUCUUUCAAACUCAGUACGUCUCCUCUAAAACUAAAGUCACUUCAAACCAUUUCCACUUGCGUCUACAACUGAGGAGACCUAAAGGCCAAAACCAGGCAAAGGCCAUAGAAGGCCUCUCCGUAGCGUCCCUUGGCCCCAGGUCCACGGAGGACGGUCUCAGCUGCCACUCACUUCCCCGUCUUAUUAAUGCUCAUAUUAGAUACUGAACAUAAAUAAGUAAAUACUUACGGUAUACGUUCCCUUUAAAUUCCUCCCCUAAUAACAGAAAAUGCCUACAGUAUAAAGGCUUCUAAAUUCUCCAGUCCCCACGGUGUCUUCCUCUUAUUCCCUUGUACCUAGAUGUGUGUAUGGGUACAUGCUGCACUGGUGCACCGCCGCUAUGGAAAAAUGCCACUGUACAUUGGGAAGAAUUACACUUGACAGUUCGUUGCAGGCUGUAAUACAGCGGUACCUUUUUUUAAAAGUUCCUAUUAGUUAAAUUCAUUUGACUUAGCUUUGCAGUGACUGGUGAAUCAGUGUACGUUAUCACAAAAUGAGAUCAAAGCUUAGUGGUUUUAUUUGUUGGAUUUUAUGGAUUGGUUGAUUUUAUAUUCUGUUUAUAGUUUUU